ACGUUUUACUGUCAUUGACUGCAAGGGUGACAUCCACGUGUGAGCUGGAUUCUGAAGGAGGCAGAAUCUGGCUCUGCUAGGGACAUGGCGGCGCACGGGGGCUGGUGAUCUGGCUGGUGACCCCAUAGGGUAUGUGACAGGAGUUCUGGCUGUGUUGGUACAUGCUGCCUAUUUGGUGCUCAUUCAGAAGACAAGUGCGGAUAGUGACUAUGGACCUCUGACAGCCCAAUAUGCCAUUGCUGUCUCUGCUACUCCUUUUCUCAUUAUCUGCUCCUUUGCCACCAUGGAUUCCAUCAAUGUUUGGUCUUUUCCAGGCUGGAAGGACCCUGUCAUGACAUGCACCUUUAUUGCUUGCAUCUUCUUUGGCUGUGCCAUGAACUUUACCACCCUUCACUGCACCUACAUUAACUCAGCUGUGACCACGAGCUUUGUUGGGGUGGUGAAAAGCAUAGCAACCAUCACAGUGGGGAUGGUGGCAUUCAGUGAUGUGGCACCCACAAAACUGUUUAUAGCCGGUGUAGUGGUCAACACCUUGGGCUCAGUCAUUUACUGUGUGGCCAAAUACAUUGAGACCAGAAGGCAAAGCAACUAUGAAGACCUGGAGAAAGAAGCUGAAGAGGAAGAGGAGAAGGGACAUUCUGGAGGUCAACCACCAUUUGUAAUGGAGGAGAUGUUCAAAGAGAAAGAAACUGAGAAGAUAGCUGUAAAAGAGUCAGCAACUGAGGAUGGUCAGUGUCUAGAGGAACAGAAGGGCAGCUCUGUGGAGACUGCAAAGGUGCCCAUUGUGCACAAAGAAGCUAGUACGGAAGAAGUUAAGAGCUCAUUAAAGGAGGCCUAUCUUGGAGUAUGGAGGCUGGUUAAGGGGACUAAUUAUAUAAAAAAAGAUUAUUUAAUAGAAAAGGAGGAGUUAGCAAGUCCCUGAAAAGCAGAAUUUUGAUUUCUUGUGUAGGGAGGGAACAUAAUGGCUGUGUCUAGACUGGCCAGUUUUUCCGGAAAAGCAGCUGCUUUUCCGGAAAAACUU